UGGGGAAGGCUUGAGCAGCUGAUUGUGGAGGAAUGUGGCUGAGCUCAGUGUGACCAGGCUCAGACUCGAGGAAUUUUCCUCCCUGUUACUUCAUUCGCUGAGUUUUAUCCGCGGCAGGUCACAUUACCUCGGGUCUCCAUGGACUUCCUGCAGGACUCCCGUCAAACCAUGUGGGGACUGAAUGCCCGGCUGAAGGGCUUCCUGGAGCAGGUGAACGAGCUGCAGGAGGCCAACACUCAGCUGGAGGAUCAGAUCGCCAACUGGGGCGUCAACAGUAGCUCGCGCUCCGAGGACUGGUCCCAACAGGAAGAGACACUGAGGGAGCUCCGUACCCAGGUUGGUAAACUGCUGGUGGAGAACGCUCAGCUGGCCUUACAGUCGGACAACAUGAAGUCCAGAGCUGCUGCCAUCCACACCAGGUGUGAGACAGAGGAACAAAACACCCGACGUCUGGAGCAGCAGGUGGUUCUGCUCCGGGAGACGAAGAGGAGGGCGGACCAGGGCAACGUGACGCUGGAGGAAGAAGUUCAACACUCCAUGAGAGAGCUGCAGGAGAUGCACCAGGACUUCAAGGCAGCCCAGGCUCAGCAGCUGCAGCGGGCCGGUUCCUGCGAUGUCCUGUUAGCCACAGCAGCAGCAGCAGCAGCAGCAGCAGCAGCAGGAGAAGGGGAGGAGGAGGAGGAGGAUGGCACAGGGAUGGAGCUCACCAGGCUCUUCGAUCGAAUCAGAGCCCAGUGCGACCAUAACAGACUUCCCGGCCCUGGAGAGAGACACCGUGGCCUGCGGGCCACCUCAAAUCCACCUCCAGGCUUGGUGGGGCCUAGCCACUCUGGAGCUGGAUCAUCAGCAGCAGCAGCAGCAGCAGCAGCAGCAUCAGCACACAGAGGAGCUCUGUGUGAGGAGGAGGCAGCGUGGGCUCAGGUGAGUCUCGGCGGCGCUGCACUGAGGGAGGCGCGGGCCGAGCUGACGGAGGCCAGGAAGCAGUGGCACUCCCUGCAGGUGGAGAUCGAGACUCUGCAUGCUUUGGAAAAAGGAUUGGAGAACUCAUUGCAGAAUACCCAGCGCAUGUACUCCAGUCAGCUGCAGGACCUUUCCCAGGUGAUCAUGGGCUUGGAGAGUGAGUUGGAGCAGGUGAGGGGGGGGCUGGCCACCCAGCGCCAGCGCCACAGCCUGCUGCUCAACACCAAGAUGAGGCUGGAGCGAGAAAUUGCCACUUACCGACGUCUGCUGGAGCGCGAAGAGGGCAGGUACAUGGGUCGGGAUGGUCAGCUGAUGAGUCUGCAGCCAUGGAGGUCGUCUGUGGUGGAGUCAGUGGAGUCAGUGGAGUCAGUGGAGACCGCGCUGGAGAACGGCUUCAGUGACCCGGCUGUUACUCCAGAUGAACCCAAGUCUGAGCCUCUGCCUGAAAUACCGUCACUCCUGCCAGCAGAGAGUGGACUAAAGAAGAGCGAGCUGCACAGACAGCAAAGCCUUGUCAUACUAACAGAGGCGGAGCUAGAUAAAGACCUGCCAAUCUCCACUGUGAAGACUCAGGAGAUUCUCCAGGGCAACGUAGUGCGCGAAAGUGCCGAGGGUCACGGCACCAUCGAGACGGAGAAGAUGGAUCAGGUGAUAAAGCAGUGGGAGGGCUCCUUCUUCAGAGGGAACCCCAAACUGAGGAAGAAGUCGGUGUCGCUGCGCUUCGACCUGCACAUGGCUGCGGCAGACGAGGGCUGUGCUCAGACCAAACAGGACAGCCUCCCUGACGUGGAGGUGCGGCUCAUCAUGAAGAGGUCCCGCAGCAUCCCAGCCAUCACGCAGUGACUCACUCACUCACUCACUCACUCACUCACUCAGCUGCAGCUGUUUGUUGUCAUGUUACAAAACUAGCAUCUGUGCCAUCGACAUGUGGGAUGUUGUCAUUAAUAUUAUGCUAAUUAUCAAAAUAAUGACUGACAGUGAGAUUUCCCUCCUCAUGGUUUCUGCUUCAAACCCAUGACAAGAUUAGAGUUUAUGACUUUCUGCGUCAUAUUUCAUCAUCAUCGUUUCAUUUAAUGAACGCUCAGUUCGCGGUUGUCCUCUGUCCCCAGUAUCAACAUCUGUCCUCUGUCCCCAGUAUCAACAUCUGUCCUCUGUCCCCAGUAUCAA